AUGGACGAUUCAGCUCUGCAGGAACGCGCUCUCAAGGCAGCCCGGGCGAAGGAGAAGCUGCGAAAGUUCCAGGCCGCCAAGAACCUCCGCGCCGCCGCGACGACUCAGUCCGCCUCGACUCUCGCGCAGCAACAGCCUUCGACCGCCUCUCCUGUUUCGCCGGGCGCGGCAGCCGGCGCGAGUGCCGCGUCAGACGCAAGCAGCCUACCGGCAAGCCCCGUCUCGACGACCUUCGCCCCGGCGGCCACGCUCUCCCCGCCUCCCUCUGCCUGUUCGCCUGCUCCUUCCGCUCCCUCACCUACCCUCGCCGCUUUCCGUCGACCUGAAGGGUCAAUCGCUGCUCGUCUGGCAUCUCCACCUCCGACAAGCAUACGCUCCGCAGCUACCUCACCUCCUGCGCCUUCCGCGCCAACCUCCAGCGCCGAACGACUCGCCUCGCCUCCACUUCGUCCUUCCUACGCUGCAUCGCCCUUCGCAGCCAGCUCUUUCGCACCGUCUGCGCGCAUUUCGUCUAUUACCUCUCCGCCUCCGCCUCCUUCGAGUGCUCGACCUCCCGCCUUCUCCCCUCCUCCAACUGCUUCCGCAUCUCGUCUCUUCGCCUCGCCUUCUCCAACUCCACAACCCUCCGUCUCACAGCAAGAAUUUGAAGCUCUCCGCGAUUCCGAACAACGGCUGCAUACCCAACUCGCCAAACAAGAAUCGACUGCCGCGUCCCUCGCACGGGAGAAAGAGUCGCUCCAGUCGAGGCUGCGGGAUCUUGAGGGACAGCUGGCGGACGCACCCGAUCCGAGGGAGCUGGAGGGGCUGCGCGUGAGGGUUGAGGAGCAAGACGCGGAGAUCGACGAGUUGAGGGAGCAAAGCGAGCGGGAUCAGGAGCGGCUGGGGAAUCUCGAACGAGGAGUCGCCCUCGCCCGCCAAGCACUGCAAGAAGUGCACCAACAACUUGCCUCUCGAGACGCAGAAAUCGCCGCCCUCUCCUCUGACCUCUCCGCUCGCGACGCUCAGAUCGAGUCUUUGUCUGCUGAGCUCGACAAAGCUCGGAAUCAACCUCCGCCUCCGCCACAGCCGAGCAAGGAGGAGCAGCAAGAGCUCGAGCGGUUGCGGGCGGAGACGAGGCAGUUGAAGGACGAGUUGAGCGGCGCGAAGGAGGAAUUGAGCCGGUCGACGGCAGAGAUGGCGUCCUUGCGGGAAGAGCUCGAAGCCGCUCACGCCCCGUCGUCCGCUCCUUCCGGUCCUUCGCAGGAAGAGCUCGACUCCCUCCGAAGCGAACUCGACGUCGCCCACUCUCGAGCCGACGAUGAGACCGCACGCGCGGAUCGAGCAGACUCGGAGAAGCGAGACGUCGAGGCGAAGCUGCGGACGCUCGAGGGCGAUCUCACCCGGGUGAAGGAGGAGAAGGACCGCGAGGUCGAGGCGUUGCAGCGCGAGCUGGAGGGUGCGCAGGAGCGUGUGAGGGGGAUGAUGGAGGAGCGGGAUCAAUGGGAGGCGGAACGAGGGACUGCGAAAGAGGAGAAGGACCGGCUGGCGGAGGAGCUGGAAGAGGCGCGAGGCGGCGUCGCGCAGGCCGUGUCUGAGAUUGAGGCACAGCUGAAGGAGGUGACGCGACAGCUGGAGGAGCGAAACAGGACGAUCGAAAAGCUGGAGGAGCGGAUCAAGGACUUCGGGGAGGCGACUUCGCAGCAUCUCGACGCAGUCGAGAAGCUUCAGGCGACCAUCGCUGAGAAGGACAGCGCCGUACGAGAUCUCGAGACACGGCUCACGUCGUCAGGCGGCGAUGCCGAACAGCACCAGUCGACCGUCGCUUCUCUCGAGGCCACGCUCGCAGAACGCGACGACCUUGUCAAGGAGCUCGAGGUGCGCGUCUCGACCCUCGAGGCAGAUGCCGCUCAGAGCGCCUCGACCAUCUCCGAGCUUGAAGCUGCUGUCGCAACCGCACAAGACGAGCUUCAAGGCGUCUCUACGGCGCGAGACGCCCUCAAUACCGACGUCGCCUCGCACCUCGCCACCAUCUCUUCGCUCCAGGCUUCCCUUUCCUCUCUCACCGACACUUCCUCGUCACACUCGACUCGGGCCGAGACUCUCGCCCGCACCGUCGCCGAACUCGAAGCCGCAAAGGCAGCCCAAGACGCCGAGAUCGAGCAGCUUCAACGACAGGUCGAGGGUCUCGAUGAGGAGAAGCGCUCCUUCGACCGUGCGCGGGAAGAGGCGUCGGCUGCUAUUGCAGAUCUGCAGCGACUCCUAGUCGAAGCAAAAGCGCGGCUGCCCAGCGUCGAAUUGGAGCGGGAUCGGGUCCAGGAGGAUCUCGCUGCCCUUCAGCAGGAACUCGACGCUGCAAAGGCCGAUCUCGCCGCAGCGUCGCAGCGCGCCGAAGCGGCAGAGACGGACCGAAGCGCUGGGCGCACGGCGAUUUCGCAACUCGUGGCCGAGCGGGAUCAAGCGCGUUCGCAGGUCGCCGAGCUGGAAGAGCAGCUUCUGCUGGCGAAGGCGCAGGCUUCAUCUGCAGGCGACGACCUUCAAACGCUCCGCAACGAGGUCGAGAACCUUCGAGCCCGGUUCGACGCCGCCCAAGCCGAGAUUGCCGAAGUCCGCGCCUCGCGCGACACCGUUCAGGCCGAGUUGAGCGAGGCUCGCUCGUUGCACGAAGCGUCUACCGCAGAACACGACACGAGUCGCUCGGAGCUCGAAUCGCUUCGAACAGAAUUCGAAAAGGCCCGCGCCGAUGCAGACGACGCGCGUGCGACUCUCGCCGCCCAACGAGAAGAGCUCGACAAGCUUCGACAAGAGCACCUCGAGGCGCCCGCAUCGGCACCACGCGACUCGCAGCACAUCGCCGAACUCGAGGAGAAGCUGCAGGUCCAGGAGCAGGCUGCGAACGCUGCCGAAGCUGAGGUCGAGCGGCUGAAGACGGUCGAGGUCGACUUGCGCAAGCAGAUCAAGGAGGCGAACGAAGCCGCCGCACAGGUGUCUUCCACGUCCGCCCGCGAAGUCUCUGCGGUUCCACCUGCAACCGGCGGCACAAAGUUGAACGACCUCGAACGCGACCUCUCCGUCUUCAAGAACGUCCUCGCGGCCUCCGAGUCACGUGCGACCGGCUUGCAGCACUCGCUUGAAGCGGCGGAGAAGGAGCUCUUCGACCGCGAAGCCGAAAUUUCGCGACUCGAGGGCGAGCUCGCAGCCAGUCAAGCGAAAGAGCGCGAGCUGGAGUUCUCGAUCGACUCGGUCACGACCAAGGCGGCGGCGCAGGCAGCUCGUGCUGGAGACCUGCAGAACCAGCUCGACCAGCUCCGCUUCUCGCGGUCGGGUGCCGCAGCCGGCCUACAGGACGAACUGGCGCAGACGAAGAGCGAGCUGCUCAAGGUGCAGGCCGAGUUCAGCUUGGCGACGCAGUCGAAGCAGGAGGCGGAAGCGGACCUCGCCAAGGUCAAGGCCAAGGCUGAGGCGCUCGAUGGCCAGUUGAAGCAGACUCAAGCGGAUUUGGCCUCGGCUCAAGGUCGCGCCACGACGCUCGAGAAGCAGCUCGCCUCCUCGCAAGCCGAAGUUGAGCGUCUGACAACGGCUCACGAUACGCUUCAAGCAACGAACACCACUCUCACCGCAACUGUCGACGAGCUCCGCAGCAAUCUCUCGAACCUCUCUUCCUCCUCGCCGCCCUCCGAUCACACCCGCGCUCUUUCCACCUCCCUCUCCUCGGCGCAAGAAGCCGAGUCUGCGGCCCGCCGCGAACUCGAGACCCUGCGCGCUGAGAUGGCCGACCUCGAGCGCUCGAAGCGCGAAGUCGAGGAGGAGCUCGCUCUUUGCCGCGGCGAGGUCGAGGAGACGUCUUCGACUCUGGCUGUUGCCAUGGCUGAGCUCGAUUCGACGAAGGACGAGGUGACGGAGCUGGAAAAAGCUAUCGACGAUGCGAGGGAAGAGGCGCAUCGUGCGGCUUCCGCACGGUCGGCCCUCGAGCAGGACAAGGCGGCUCUCGUUGAGCAGGUUAACUCGUUGCAGGCGCGCCUCGACGAAGUCGUUGCCUCGACACCCGCGCUUGAGGAACAGAUCGCCAGUCUGCGCCGCCAGGUCAAGGAGAAGGAGGCGACGAUCGAGCAGCUCGAGACGACCUCGGCUCGCGACAUUGAGGCUGCCAACGAGCGAGUCCGCGAGCUGCAGUCGCAGCUUUCUGCUGGCAAGCGUCAAGCCAGCAAGUCAGAGCGCGACCUCAGGGCGAUCAUGGCGCAGGACUCGGACCGCGAGAACGAAGUGGAGAACUUGCGGGAGGCGAUUGCCCGUCUCGAGCAGGAGAUUGCGCGCGCGCGCGGCGCCAGCACGAACAGCGUCAGGUCGUCGGUCGACGAGUCGGCGUUGGCGGAUGAGCUGGAGCGCAAGGUGGACGAGUGCGAGGCGGUGAGGCAGGAGCUCGAGUUGCAGCGUGAGCGGGUGGCUGAGACCGAGGGUGCUCUCGCUGAGCUACGGGAGAUGUACGCGAGGGCGCAGGAGGAGCUCGAGGAGGCGCGGACAGGCGGACACGCGUCGCCAUCGACUUCCGCCGUACCUGCGCAACCCUCUCUCGCCUCUUCCACCGAACUCGAUUCGCUCCAGCUUCAGCUCUCCGAUGCUCAAGCCAAGAUUCGUCAACUCGAGCAGGAGGUGUUCUCCCUCGAGGGGGUGCGAGUCAAGAUGUUGAAGGCGAACGGCGACUUGAAGAGCCAGGUCGAGAGCAUGAUGGAGGCGCUCGAUCAAGAGCGAUCCAAGACGAAGGCCAAGGAGCUCGAGAUUGACACGCUCAAGCGCCGCUCCCUUCCUUCGCUCGGCUCACCUCCUCGAGCUUCGCACGCCCCAGGCCCGCCUCGCACGCCCUCCGGAUCCGAUGCCGCCCAGCGAGCACAGCAGCCUUCCGCGCCAGUCACACCCACCCGCCGCGGCCACUCGCAUCGCCGAACAGCCUCGUAUCUCCCGACUGUGACGGAACUCGCGGAUCCUACCUCUUUCGACCUCGAGCCGUCUCCGCUCGUCUCGCCCCCGCUCGUCCCCUUCCAGCGUACCUCUGGUGACGACUCGUCCUCCGCCGACCCAUCGCAUCGCUCGGCACACAGCCGACACAUCCGCCAGGCGAGUCUCUCGCUACUCAAGGCGCGAAUGGAGGACGAGUACGGCGUCACGGACCUCGACCGCGCCGGCCCGCUCUCUCCCUCGCGUGAGCAGCCGGGUCUCGGUUCCGCCUUGAGCCCUCGAGCGGACAAGGGCAACCGGACGCGGCGGGUACCGCUGUCGAACGACCUCGUCCUCUGUGCGGCGUGCAAGGGGGACGACCUCUUCAUUGUCUAG